AUGGAGCCGCCAGCCCCAGCACGCCUUCAACAAGUCCAUAUCCCCCUCAGUGGAGGAGGAUACGAGCCUAUUAGUUCCCUCGACUCUCGAAAUGCGGCAUACGACCUAGACGAUGAGGCGAUCCAGGAGAGCCUGUUGCAAUUCUCCUCUGAUAAAUCAUGGAACAACAGCUCAAGAUCAGCCUUCAUUCCUCGGCCUAUUCUUGUCUCCUCAGAGCACCAGCGCCAAUGGAAAGAGCUGAACAAUGCUUUAGUCUCUGCUUUAACCGAUAUUGUUGAGAGGUGGUGGACGGAUUCGGUGUCUAGAUUUCCUGAACGUAUGCCGCUGGAUCCUGUGGAGGAGGACCUUCUUCGUUGGAUUGAUAGUCAAGUUCCAAGCAAGAUACCUCCGUACCGAAAGUGCCGCGGCUCAUGGAGACCGGAUUUCCUGGUUGAAGAAGACAGCGAAGGGGCACCUGGUUCUGUAGAAAACUUUCGAAUCAGUGAAAUCAAUGCUCGAUUUUCUUUCAAUGGAUUGAUGUAUGCAGCUUGCGGGCAACAGGCUUUGAAGGAGCAAAGUAUUGCUGAUGGAAGUAAUGACUUGGUCAGUGCGACGGAGCCCGCAAAGAUGCUAGGCGGUAUUCUGAGUUUGUUCGAUCCCAACCUGCCAUUGCAUCUUCUCAAAGGUGAUGAACAUGGGAUUGACAUCCACAUGGUUGUGGAUUUGCUCAGGACACGCUUUGAAAUCAACCCUCGCUUCGUCCUGCCAACUGAUCUCAGGCUUGUGUCAGACCCAGAAGACAAGGAUAGUUACAGACUCUGCUGCGUGGUUAGGGAAUCCGAAUCUCAAGAAACUGAGCGCUUUUUGUCACUGAUCUAUCACAACGGAGAGGCCCUGGAAGAGAUCCAUCAAGUCGGUCUUGAGCUGCACCAGCGAGAACUGCGCGCUCUGAGUCCGGAGAUGCUCCGUCAAAUCAGCCUCAGAUGCUUCAAUGACAUGCGCACGAUUCUGCUGGUGCAUGACAAGCGGAUGCUGGGAAUCGUCAGGCAGGAACUCGACUCACUGGUAGAAAGAAACACCAUUACACCCGCACAGGCCAAGACUCUCAACAAAGGCAUUGCUGAUACGCUACUUCCUGGCUCAUUGGAGCUCGAACGCUUCAUUGAGUACUGCAAGAGGAAUCCGGGGCUGAAGAAUGGGUAUAUCCUGAAGCCAGUCCGAAGUGGAAAAGGAGAAGGGAUUGUAUUUGGCGAAGACCUUGACGCUGCGGAAUGGGCGUCAAGAUUAGAGGACUUGCGCUCCUCUAUGCUGGGACCUGGAACGUGCAUUGUCCAGCGCAGAGUGAAUCAAGUUCGGUACGAUGUGGUAUUAGAAGCGACGGGCGAAAUGGCUCGAUAUCCCCUUGUUGGGACGUACCAUUCGAUCCAGGGUGAGUUUCUUGGUGUUGGAGUGUGGAGGUGUAGUCCGCAAAGGAUCUGUGCUAUCAGCCAUGGAGGAGCGUGGACGUGCUCUGUCAUUAACAGUGAUUAA